CUUCCCAAGACUUUUUCACUCUCUGCGUAUUUCGCAUAAUGCCCAAAGGCGCUCUUUACAACUAUUUUAUGAUCUGUGCAAUAUAAAACCACCCAUUGAGCCUGGAUUGACCGCCAUGGAGCGCUAUGCAAAGCCUAGGGUUUCCGUAGCAUGUCUACCCUGUCGCAACCAACAUCUGAAAUGCGAUGCGAGUCAUCCAACCUGUGCACGCUGUCAGUCACUGGGUAGAUCAUGUUCAUACCCAGAAUCCCGCCGGAGUGCCAAGUAUCGGAACUCGGCUUUAUGGAAAAGCAGACUACAUCGCAUCGAUCCAGGUUCUUCGACUCUUCCCAGCCCGUCGGUAUCAAUGUCUCAAGAAGAUGACCUGUCAGCUAAUCCUGAACUAUGCAUCUCCCCUUCUAUGCUUUCCGUCACCGCACUUGUUACCGAACCUGCUAGCGGAUCUACUAUUCUUUCUGUGGAUAGUCAUCUUUUAGAUCUUUAUUAUGAGCAUUUCCACCCGAGCCAUCCAUUUCUAUUGCCGCGGAGGAGUCUUGAUACGAGGCUAAGAGCUGGGCCUCCAUCUCCGACCCUUCAACAGCUGACUACUACAAUGGAAUAUAUUGGAUCGUUCUAUCGGCACAAUCCGAUUGGAGCCGAAUUAUUUCCUGGCAAUGACGCUAGCAUUGAAACAGAUGGAUUUGUUGUGCAGAACACUCUCUUACGAGCAAUGGCUAAGAGUAUGUGUGACGACAAAUCUGGUGCGGAAGUAUUUUUGGCUCGUGCUAUUCAACAAGCAAGUUUUAUUGGUAUGCAUGAGAAAAGCUUUGCCGACACAGUUGCUGAUGACGACCCCAUUCUCGCGGAAAGCUGGAGACGUACUUGGUGGAUGUUGUAUUUGACAGAUGCCAAUUUUUCUGUCACAAGACGUGAUUUUGUACCUAUCAUCACAACACCAAGCCACGAAGUCGACCUUCCGUGCGAAGAUGGAUCUUAUGAACAAAUGGACAUUCCUCUUCAGGCAGCCACGUUACUCGAUUACCGCAGUCGCGAAUUCACGUUGGAUGAUAAACCCUUUUCGUCCUUUGCAUAUCUCAUUGAUGCCACGGAAAUCUUCAUCGCCGCAUUGCGUGCUUCUACUCAGUACCAGGACAUCAUUGAAGCAGAAACUUUGUGCGGCGACUUGGAGGCGAGAGUCAUCAGUUGGUUCCUAAUGUUACCACUGAACAAAAGAGAGCUCACUGUGACGCCGGGCUUAAUGGAUCAGCUCAUGUUUCAAUCCCACAUGAUGAUGUAUACAUCUCUUGCCUUUAUUCACCGGCCACUAUCAAACUUGAGAUAUGACCCAGCAGAAGACAUUUCUACUUGUGGCCCGCCCCCGCCGCCGUUAGAGCAGAAUUCUGGAUAUACCAGGAUUGCCCACGGCGUACAUUCCGAGAAAUUGUUCCAGGCAAUCCGGAAGCAGACUCAAUGCUUAAUUUUGCUACCCAUGAGAGCGGCACAGCUGUCGCCGUUUGUGAUUUGUAUGAUAGCUUGCUCGACUAUCGCAUACCUAGUGGCGUCAAAACUGGCGCUCAAGGCAGACGAGGCCGAAGCAGCUCGCAGUCGGAUCCGCAUUUCGUUGGCAACGCUUCGAAUGUACGAGGAUGCUUGGCCACGCGCGAAGAAAAUCUUGAUGGAAUUAAAGCGAAUUGCACAGGCCAUUUUGCAAUCGGCGACAGUAUCACCAACUCCGUCUAUUGACUCUCAGCUGCUUACAGAUGAAACCACCGUCACCGCAAGUUUCUUUGACAAUGAGUGGCUGUGUGCAUUUGAGAAUACGACAUCUUAGACGAGAUUGGGGGCUAUGAAACGAAUUCACAUCGACUUAAUAUUGCAGAAUAGACGCUAGACUUAGAAUCGAUACCCUUGAAAGUAUGCUUAAUUAAAAAAUUUGCCAC